UUGGCCGGGGAAGGAUGCUAGGGCGGCGGCGUCAUCGUGCGUGAUAACCCGUUGUCGACCGAGUUCGGCCUUCUGAGACAAGUCAGCGCUUUGUUCUGUCAGCCGCGCUUGUUACCGCGAGGCCUUUUGCUUUCUAUCGUACACUUGUUUGCAAAGAUGGUCUACGCACUGCUCAACGAAGCAGCGCCAGAAUUCACUGCUCCCUCGGCGGCUUCGGGUUCGUUCACUUUCAAGCCGGAUGGCCAGCCGACUGUUCUGUAUUUCUUCCCCAAGGCGGGCACGCCCGUAUGUACGGCUGAGGCGUGUAACAUGCGCGACACUAGCGCAACGGACGACUUCAAAGGCGUCAAUGCCCGGGUCGUCGGCGUUUCGGCAGACUCGCCCGAAGCUCUGAAAGCUUUUGCGAGCAAGAACAAGCUAGACUUUACUCUGGUCUCUGACUCAGACCGCAAGAUUCGAGCGCUCUACAAGAUCCCAGGAUCAAUGAUGGGUCUCAUGGACGGCCGAGUGACGCUGAUCAUCAAUGACAAAGGCACGAUCGUUGCUUCUGAGGAUUCCACAAUCAGAGCUGGUGCACACAAGAAACUCGUCAAUGACUGGCUGCCCAAGCUCAAGCAAUAGACCUCACAUUCGCUUACAACAGGCCACUCACCCCGCACGAUUGUUAUAUCAUGCCUGUAAGAAACGCAGCAUCGUCCCUUGAGCUUCUCUCUGCCACACAUCGAGCUCCUCAUAAGUGUCCAGGCAUUCCUGUGCACGAUCAUUAGUCUGGCGAAGAGGUUGUGCAAAGGAUCGGCGUACCGUGAGUGAGCUUUCAGUGAAUCCUUUGGCAAGCACGCGCUCCCUGAUCUCGCGCAAGCUGAGCGCAUCGUCUUCUUCAGAAGCAG